UCAUCUCUCCUAAUUUCAUCGAAUCCCAUCUACGCAUCUUUCUCUUUUUCUCCACUGCGUACUUGUUUGUCUGUUGUAGUCUUAUACCAUGGCUGACGUUGAGAGACAAACAUUGAAUAAAGGCUACUAUGGCCCCUCAAUUCCUCCAAAAUCACGAUCCUACCACAGCCACGGCCGAGGCAGCGGAUGCGGCUGUUGCUGCUGCCUCCUAGGCUUUUUGCUCAAACUCAUUGUCACCGUCGUUAUCAUCGUAGGGAUUGCAGUCCUCCUCUUCUGGCUCAUAGUCCGUCCCAACAAGGUUAAGUUCCAUGUGGUUGAUGCCUCCCUCACCGAGUUCAACCUUACCAGCGACAACAUCCUUCAGUAUAACCUUACCGUCAAUAUGACCGUCCGCAACCCCAACAAGCGUAUUGGUAUAUACUUUGAUCGCAUCGAAGCCAAGGCGUACUAUGAGGACGCCUUGUUCGAUUCUGUUGAGUUGGAACGAUAUUACCAGGGCCACAAGUCAACUCAUACCCUGAAUCCAGAGUUUAAUGGGGAGAACUCUGUAUCGCUUGGAGCAUCCGAGCUUUCGACUUUCAAUUCGGAGAAGGCUUCAGGAACUUACAGUAUUGAUGUGAAGCUGCGUCUUCGGAUCAGGUUCAAGUUGGGAAUAUUGAAGAUUGGUACGUUCAAGCCCAAGGUUACUUGUGAUUUGAAGGUUCCUUUGGAUUCUGAUGGGACAAGCAAUGGUACUUUCCAAACCACCAAGUGCGACGUGAAUUUCUGAUCAUCUGAUUCAGGCUCCUGCUCGCCUUCCUGGCUCUUUGAUCCACUUCGUUGUUGAUUUCUUUGAUUUGCAUAUUAUUCUUUUGUUUAUGGGUACACAUAGCAUCACAUAUCGUUUUCUUUCCAUUUCCCUCCCUUUUGUAGGGAUGGUUUAGACGUGAUCAUGUUGGUUUCUUCUUGUUCAUAGAUUAUGCCAUUUUUGGUUAUAUAUAUGUUAUGUUAUAUUUAUGAGUUUGGUUAUAA